UCAGACUCCAGCAAAGAUCUGAACUGUGUUCUAAAACUAGGUGUGGGAGCCCGUGGAGGGAAGGCAUUAGUGAGCAAGACAGCCCACCCUGCCUCCCAGCUUCAGCCUCCCGGUACCCUGUCCUUGCCAGCACUUUGGAUGGGAAACGGGGGCUGUGUCUAGGUCAGCAUUUUCCUGCCUAUCCUAGACGGCCGUGUGCCUCUCUGCCUUUUACUCUGUAAAGCUUUGGUGACGAUUUCUACUUAACAGGCAUCUUCUGGCACAUCCUGUUGUCUUCUUCCCUCUACAGGGGCCGCCAUUCCUCCUUCAGAAUGCCGGAGGGCCCAGAGCUGCACCUUGCCAGCUGUUUUGUGAAUGAGACGUGUAAAGGGCUCGUAUUUGGCGGGUGUGUGGAGAAGUCCUCUGUCAGCCGCAACCCCGAGGUGCCCUUUGAGAGCAGUGCCUACCAUAUCUCAGCCUUAGCCCGAGGCAAGGAGCUGUGCCUGACCUUGAGCCCCCUGCCUGGUGCCCAGCCCCCUCAGAAGCCACUGUCCCUUGUCUUCCACUUUGGUAUGUCUGGGUCCUUCCAGCUGGCACCUGCAGAUGCCCUGCUGCCCCAUGCCCAUCUACGUUUUUACACGGCCCCACCUGCCCCCCGGCUUGCCCUUUGUUUCGUGGACAUCCAAUGCUUUGGCCACUGGGACCCUGGGGGUGAAUGGCAGCCAGGCCGUGGACCCUGUGUCUUGCUGGAGUAUGAACGGUUCAGGGACAACGUACUUCGGAACCUGUCAGACAAAGCCUUUGACCGGCCCAUCUGCGAGGCCUUGUUGGACCAGAGAUUCUUCAAUGGCAUUGGCAAUUAUCUUCGGGCAGAGAUCUUGUACCGGCUGAAGAUCCCCCCUUUCGAGAAGGCCCGGACAGUUCUAGAGGCCGUGCAGCAGUCCCGGCUGAGCCCAGAGCUGACCCUGAGCCAGAAGAUCAAGGUCAAACUGCAGAAUCCAGACCUGCUGGAACUGUGUCACUUGGUGCCCAAGGAAGUGGUUCAGCUGGGGGGCAAAGGCUACGGGCCAGACCGUGGAGAGGAGGAUUUUGCUGCCUUUCGAGCCUGGCUGCAGUGCUAUGGCAUGCCAGGCAUGAGUUCCCUGCGAGACCGGCAUGGCCGUACCAUCUGGUUCCAGGGUGAUCCCGGACCCUUGGCACCUAAAGGGGGCAGGUCCCGAAAAAAAAAGCCACGGGAGACACAGCCGGGGGCUGGAGACACAGAAGAGGACCAUCCGCUCUCAGGCAAGUCCAUUUCCAGGACUCGGAGGGCCAGGAAACACCCUCCUAAGAGUAUAGCUCAACAGUCUGAAGGGAGCAGCCUCCAACGAAACCGGGAAACCCCCACAGCCCCCAAGAAAGGAAAGAGAAGGGGGCGACCGGAAACCACAGGUGGACCUUCUUCAACAUCCUCCUGGAGCUGGAAAGGGACCCCGGGGAGUGGCUCUUCAGGGAGGCUGGGAGGUAACAGGGUGGACAGAGGGAGGAAGGCCUAGUACAGGACACACAGUCACUGCUUCCCCUGCUCUCCCCACAGGUGGACCUGCCUCCCCUGCUCUGCCCAAAGGUGGCAUCAGACCCAGGAAGAGCAAGGCUGAUACCUGACCCCGGGAGGCUGGGGGAACUUCAGCCUCCUAGAGGGAGGUUUCCUUGCUUGGUCCGUCCUUCCCAGCUGCCUUGCUGUGAAUCUCGGGGCGUCUGAUCCCUGGAGGCUGUGUUGGUAGGGCAGUGUGCCCUAGGCCCUGGGACUUGUCCUACACAACCUUUUGGAAGCAGGGUCUCACAUAUCCUAGGCUGGCCUUGAGCUCAUGUGUACCUGAGGAUGACAAGGAACUCCCGAUUGACCUUCCUGCCUUCAUUCCCCCCUCCCCCCAGAGCAUUUUUCUGUGUAGCUUUGUGCCUUUCCUGGAACUCACUCUGUAGCCCAGGCUGGCCUUGAACUCACAGAGAUCUGCCUGACUUUGCCUCCCAAAUCCUGGGAUUAAAGGCGUGCACCACCACCAUAAUUGCUGGGAUUACUGGUGUAAGCCACA